GCGGGCUGUGCGGAGGGCGCUUCACUCGGCAGCCUCGCCGCUCUCCCCGCCCGUCGGCUCGGACGCUCUGCGCGGACCAGGCGGCUCCUGUCCUCCCUGGGAAGGAAGGGAGAGGAGAGACGGGAGGCGAGCCCCGCGCGGCUGAACGGAGGGGGAAGGAACCAGCAGCGCGAGGGAGUGUUGAUCAGAAUGAAUGGCCAUAUUUCAAAUACCCACCCAAGUGCAUAUGGAAGUUACUCUUCUCAAGUAAAUGGAUAUGGAUCCCCAACAUUUUCUCAAAGCGAGAGGGACCAGGCGUCGAAGACAAGUGCGAAAGCUUUGUACGAGCAAAGGAAGAAUUAUGCCCGCGAUAGUGCCAGCAGCAUAUCUGAGACAUCACAGUACCAUGUGGAGCACUUGACUACUUUUGUCUUGGAUCGGAAAGAGGCCAUGAUCACGGUAGAUGACGGCAUAAGGAAACUGAAGUUGCUGGAUGCCAAAGGCAAAGUGUGGACACAAGAUAUGAUUCUCCAAGUGGAUGACAAAGCUGUCAGUCUGGUGGACUUGGAAUCAAAGAAUGAGCUGGAGAAUUUUCCCCUGAGCACAAUCCAACACUGCCAUGCUGUGAUGAGCUCCUGCAGCUACGACUCCAUCCUUGCCUUAGUUUGCAAAGAGCCUGCCCAAAGCAAAGCAGAUCUCCACCUUUUCCAGUGCGAUGAAGUUAAGGCAAACUUGAUCCACGAAGACAUUGAAAGUGCAAUCAGCGAUAGCAAAGGGGGGAAGCCAAAGAGGAGACUCGAAACACUCAGGAUGCUUUCCAAAGUUGACGGUGCCAUUCCUCCGCCUCCGAGAGCACCAGCUCCUGUCCCCCCAGGUACAGUCACGCAGGUGGACGUCAGAAGCCGCGUAGCAGCCUGGUCCGCUUGGGCAGCUGAACAAGGAGACUUUGAGAAAUCUAGACAGUACCACGAGCACGAAGAAACAUCUGAAUUGAUGGCAGCCAAGAUCGACAGAGAUGUUCAAAUUCUAAACCACAUUUUGGACGACAUUGAAUAUUUUGUUACCAAGCUUCAGAAAGCAGCAGAAGCAUUUGCGGAGCUUUCAAAGAGGAAGAAAACCAAGAAGAAUAAGAAGAAAGGGCCUGGGGAGGGUGUCUUAACUCUCCGCUCCAAACCUCCGCCUCAAGACGAAUUUGUCGACUGUUUGCAAAAAUUCAAACAUGGCUUCAACCUUCUGGCUAAAUUAAAGUCACACAUCCAGAAUCCUAGCGCAUCUGAAUUGAUUCAUUUUCUGUUUACCCCUUUAAAUAUGGUGGUGCAGGCAACGGGAGGGCCUCAGCUCGCUAGCACAGUCCUCAGCCCCCUCUUAACAAAAGACACAAUAGACUUCCUGCGUUACACCGUCACAAGUGACGAAGGACAGCUAUGGGUGUCUCUAGGUGACACGUGGACCAAAGCCAGAGCUGAGUGGCCCAAGGAGCAGUUCAUCCCGCCCUACGUGCCGCGGUUCAGGAACGGAUGGGAGCCUCCCCUGCUGAGCUUCAUGGGAUCCCCAAAGGAACAAGAGCUCAACCAGCUAGCCGAGUCGGUGGCAAACGUAGCUGAGCACCAGCGGAAGCAAGAGUUGAAAAGGUUAUCAACCGAGCAUUCCAGCAUCUCAGAUUAUCCUCCGUCUGAAGGGAAUUAUGAGGCGCAUAAAACCCCAACCAAGAAAUAUGCCAAAACCAAGUAUGACUUUGUGGGAAGAAACCAGAGUGAACUUUCUGUCUUGAAGGAUGACAUUUUAGAGGUUCUCGAUGACAGGAAGCAGUGGUGGAAAGUCCAAAACGCCAACGGGGUCACAGGAUUUGUGCCAAACAACAUUUUGGAGCCUCUCCGAUCUCAGGAAAGCGGCAGUGCGGAGCCAUCGUAUACACACACCAUACAGAAGCAAAGGACGGACUUUGUGCCGAAGCAACCUGACCCCGCUCCUGCCGUCCCUUCACCGCCCCAGACGCCACUUCCUGUCCCUCUCCCGCCAAGUAUGCCAGCGCCCAUCCCUGUUCCUGUGCCAAAGGUGCCUGGAGCCAUCAGCCGCCAAAGCAGCACCUCAAGCGAAGGCGGGCGAGACGGCCAGAGGCAGAAGCCGCCCCCUAUAGAUCGGCGGAAAUCUCAGAUGGAGGAAGUCCAGGAUGAGCUCAUCCACCGGCUCACCAUUGGCCGAAGCGCUGCCCAAAAGAAGUUCCACGUGCCGCGAUCCAAUGCCCCAGCCAUGAACAUCAGCUACGAUUCCUCUCCCGAAGACGUGAAAAGCUGGUUGCAGGCAAAAGGCUUCAACCCAGUAACUGUCAACAGCCUUGGGGUUUUGACUGGCGCUCAGCUGUUCUCCCUCAACAAAGACGAGCUAAGGACUGUGUGCCCCGAAGGAGCUCGAGUCUACAGCCAAAUUACUGUUCAGAAAGCUGCACUGGAGGCUACCAGUGGAAGUACAGAAUUACAAGAGAUUAUGAGAAGACGGCAAGAGAAACUCAGUGCUGCUGCCACGGACUCGGGAGUAGAGUCUUUCGACGAGAGCAGCAGCCACUAAAUGCAUUCUCUGUCCAUUUUUGUUUGUACUCGCUCAAAAAAGAAGGAAGAGCUCCCAUCAAUCUGGGCAUUGUCCCAUCAUGCUUUGUUUUAGGAAGCCAUGAAGAGGAAAUGUCUGGUUGAUGACGACUAUUUAUGUAGACACAACUUGAUGCCAUAAACCAGCCUUCCUCAGCCUGGUGUUCUCCAGAUGUUUUGGACUGCGACUCAACUGGGACUGAUGGGAGUUGUAGUCCAAAACAUCUGGAUAGCAUGAGGUUGAUGAAGACUACCAUGAAGAAAGCAUGCAGCUGGGAGAUCAGUGGGACAACUGGUGCUUCCCUUCUCCCUUACUCAAAAAGCACAUUUAAGGGGAAAUGAACCAGCACUCCCAAGGUUGGCUGGAUGAAGCUAAUCAUUUCAUGCUAUUCUGAUCUUCCCCCUUUUUCUUCUUCAAAGCAGGCGAGCAAAAUCACACCGCUAUUUGGGGGGCAAAGACGGCCACUGAGCCACCUGAUUAAAAACAGGCAGGGAAAAUCUGUGGGACUGUUGUUGUAGGACUCCAGCUUCUAUCAGCUCUUGCCAGUCUGUCCAAUGGUCAAGGCUGAUGGCAGCGAUAGGCCCGCAGUGUCCAGAAGGCCACCAGUUUCCAAUCUCUGCAACAAAACAGGUUGAAAUCUGUGAUCCAGUGUGAAUCCAAAGGCACAUGAUCUAGCCAGGGAGAAUCUCCUUUGAUGUCAACCCAUUGAUGUCAACAAAGGAGUUAAACGUAUGUGAACUUUUGGCUCUUUGCUGCUGGAACCAGUGGAACUUCGUGGCAUUGGGAGUGCUCCCUUUCGUGUGUCGUGUCACUGUCAUCCAUCGCCAUGGGCGCUCUUUCUCUCCACAUCUCAUUUCUCAGCACCUGAGAUGCCAACGGCUCGAAUCUUCCAUGCAGACUAUGGCCAUUCUUCCAACUACUUCACAAGAUGGCUUCUUAACGGAGAUAGCAAUAGCAGAGGUAACUUAUUCUGGAUUCCAAUUUUACGGCUGUUCCAGUGGGGAUGAGCACAAGAAAACCAAUAAAGGCACAAAGGAAAUGAUAACACAAGUGUCAGUUUUUUUAAAGGUUCAGGGCAGGGCAGUUGGACAUUGAUUUUGAAGGUCUCCGUGUGGUCCUUUACAGUAUUAUUUCUGAAAGGCAUCGUGUUAACUUCACCCGUUGAAAGGGAAACCCAGGUUUUCUGGGGGUGGGGUGAAAGGCGAUUGCGAAAGAGAACGAAGUAUUAAUUUCCAACUGAAAACUUUUGAAACAUGGCCAAUCUGAGUUAAAUAUUCCAGUAAAUGUUGUUUAUGGUACUAUGACGACUUCUUCCCCCACCUGAGUUUCCCCAGUGCAAAAUGUUCUGUUCUGUCACCUGUAUAUAAAGACAUUACAAAAAGAAACCCAUCGUGUCAUUUAGAAGAAAUACAUCAUCUAGUUAUAUUAAUUUUCAUGGUGCCUUUUUCACAUGACUCAGCUGAAAGUCUGCAAUAAACACUAUUUGAUGUAUGUAAAAUGCUUUGCAUUCUCUGUCGUGAUAAAGGGAGGGUAGAAAUAAAUGGUGAAAGGUUUACAUCCUCCCCUUUUGUCCCAAAAGAAUGGAUUCAGACAUUCAGAAACCAGCAGUGGUAUAGUCCCAAGUUAUAGCACUUAGAUUUCAGGGGGGUGU